AUGGAACCGACGGCGGAAAUAGUCUCCGAUGGUCCAGCAGGGUUGUUGCAGAGUGAUGACCUAUACAAUGACUUGUGUGUACCAAGAGAAGCAGAGAUUCUGAAGGAGCUCACAGAUGCUAGUGCAAACUAUCCACUGUCCUUCAUGGUAACUUCGCCGGACAGCGGUCAGCUCAUUGCCCUGCUCCUGAAGCUACUGAAUGCGAAGAAGACUAUAGAGAUCGGCGUCUUCACCGGCUACUCUCUCCUCCUCACGGCUCUUACAAUUCCGCAAGAUGGCAAUAUCAUAGCGAUCGAUGUAGACCGAGAAGCAUAUGAGAUCGGAUUACCAUUUAUCAAGAAGGCCAACGUCGAACACAAGAUUGACUUCAUUGAAUCGCAAGCUUUGCCUGUCCUUGAUAAAUUACUAGAAAACCAAGAAAACGAAAGCUGCUUCGGCUUUGCGUUCGUCGAUGCUGAUAAGGCCAACCUGAAGAACUACCAUGAGAGGCUGUUGAGGCUGGUGAGGGUCGGGGGCACGAUCAUGUACGACAACACUCUCUGGGGUGGCACUGUCGCCUUGUCCGACCCGUCCUGUGUUGUCCCACUGAGGCAAUCCGCGUGGAAGGACAUGGUCGAGUUCAACAAGAUGAUAGCGGGCGACCCUUGGGUCGAUAUAUCUCUCGUCGCGCUGGGCGAUGGGAUGACAAUCUGCAGGCGCAUCUAUUGA